AUGAUCAAAAAGUAGCGACUCAGGCAAGUGCAACAACACCAGACAUAGCAAGCAGCUAAUAUUACUGACUAGUCCAACAGCAAGAAGGCCAGCUCACCAUCGGUCUGCAGCCUUUUAUUUCACCAAGCUCUUAACAACCACUAAGUCCUAAAUUUACUCUUGUACAACAGCUUCUCUCUCCUUUUCUCUUCUUAGCUUCUUCCGUGUCCUCUUAGGUCUCUUUGCCUCUGCUAUUAGCUGUUUCCACAGAAGCUGCUGAGCCCAGUUACAUUGCCCGCUUGCCUGGCUACUGCUCUCCGUCAGUAUCCCUACCCCAUCCAAGGCUUUGAAAACAUCCUCCUCCUGGUGGUCCAGAGCUGCUGUGCUACCAGUGUGAACCCCAACACUUCCCUGGUGUUCUGAGAACCCAGUCCCGGGCAUUCAGGGCAGUACGGCUAAGCUAGUUAGCUAACAGCGGCUACAUUUGGCAGCAGCUAGUUUACUGUCCAUCAGAAAACUCUAAAUUUACAAAGAGUUGAGGCGGAGCAGCUGGAGGACAUCAGAGAGAAAACCAGAAAACAUUUCCUUCAUCAAAUAUGAUACAGUUUCACCAAAAUCACUGACAUAGUUGGUGGUGUGUUCACCUGUGUGCUCACUGCCUCAAACAACUACAGAACACCUAAAGACAAAAUAAAGAUGGUAAAUACUCACUGUGAUUACUUAUGUGGAGCAUAUAUUAGGUCGGUAAGCAGGAAUGUAAAACUACCAGUGUGGUCUUUUUGAAAAACUUCCAGCCUGAAUGUUGAUCCUAACAGUAGCUGUGUCUCUCCAGCAGGUGGCAGAAGAGGUGGCUGAAGACGGAGAGCUAGAGAGUGAUCUAGGGCAGCUGCCAGGCCACCAUCCGCUCAUAAAGGAUGGCAUGAGUGAUGAAGAGGCUCCACAGGAAGCACCCCCGGUAGAGGAGGGUGGUCUGGAAGGGGAGAGCUGGGCCAAACCUCUGGCCCACUUGUGGCAGAGCAGACCUCCCAACCUGAAGAAAGAGAGGGAGUACAACCAACGCAUCGGCUCAAAACCUCCAUACUGCUCCAUCUGCAUGCUGUUCCACAUGUACCAGCAGACUGAAUGUGCAAACAGUGUAGACGGUCCUGUCAUGGUGGCUGUUGGGCGGAUGCGGACCAAACCUCUGAUCCCAGAGAUGUGUUUCACCACCACCACAGAGGAGGACUCUGAAUGCGAGGAGCAGCCCGUCACACCUCACCUGGAGGAAGACGGAACCAGCCUCCUCAUCAGUUGCUCUCAGUGCAGCGUCCGGGUUCAUACCAGCUGUUACGGUGUGGAUCCAGCCAGUGUGAGCAAGGAGUGGAAGUGUGCGCGCUGCAAGGCUAACGCCAUGACUGAGAAUUGCUGUUUGUGUUCGCUGAGGGGCGGAGCCUUGCAGAAAGCCAACAACAACAAGUGAGUUGUUCUAAAAUUAUGCUUUUCCCUUUCCCAAUGCCUCUGCAACAUCUGUACUUUGAGAUUGGUUCUUUAUGCUUGAGCUGGAGAACAUUUACUUAUUCAGCUUAAACUGGUUUAAAGGGCUAAGCUGCCUUAGCCUUAAAAAUCAACCUGUUUUUCUUAUGCUGUAUCUUUUAGCUAACAAUGGUGAAAACAAGUAUGUGAACAAGUAUCUCCAAAGCCAUCAGUUGUAUUUAACAGGAAUCAGCUGUCAAUCCAUCAACAGUCACAUUGUGGAUAAAUAUCAUAAAGGGUGAAUGAGGUUCCUGGAGGACCAUAGAAAAGAAUGAGGCCUGUAAGCCAUAUCAAACAGUACUUAAAUAACAUCACAAUAGCACACAACAGAAGGACCAGAAACUUCUAAAAUCAUUACAUUACACUCCCUGUGAAUAGAAUGUGUGUUUGCGUGUGGCCAAAUUUAGUUUCAUAGUGAUUUAUAAAACGGACAGAAUAAG